AUGCCGGUCAAACCGAUCACUGGAAUGCUCCGUCGGGGCCUGGUCCUUGAUCUAGCAAUUGCUGGCGGCCUAGGUACCACCUUCGGCUAUCUUUGGUGGUAUGGAUAUCACCUCCCUCGCGUCCGGGCUCGCGAUCAAUUCUAUGCCAAGUUGGAGGACCAGAGAGCGCGUGAGGCUGGCUUCUCAUAA